AUGAAAUAUCUAAAAUUACUAAUAUUUUUUGGAAUAAUUUCUUUAGGCCAUUGCCAUUUUGAGUUUCUUAAACAUCUUCAAUCAUUAGAAAUAUCACCAACAUACAAAUGUCUAGGAUGCAAGACUGCCGUAGAAGCCUUAAAAUAUGUUUAUGAAAGAAAUGCAACACAAGAUAAAAUUAUUUAUUUUGCUAAAUUUAUAUGUCAAAAAUUUACUUCAAAUACAAAUAUUGUUUGUAAAGGGAUGACUUCCCAAUUUAGGGAAGAAUUUUUAUACGUUGUUGAAAAGUUACUUGUAUCACCAGAUUUAUUGUGUGGAUUAUUUAUUGAUGAAUGUGGUGAUCCUAAAAAUCCAUUUAAUGGUAAUUGGGAAAUUAAAUUACCACCAAAAUAUGAGAAAGAAAAAUCAGAGAUGUUAAAAUCAAAUAAAAUACCUAAAACACAAGCAACAAUUUUUAAAGUUUUACAAUUGAGUGAUUUACAUUUUGAUCUUCUUUACAAACCUGAUUCAGAAGUUGAUUGUAAUGAACCUAUAUGUUGUCAUGAUAUACAUAAAAUAAAUAAAAGGAGAAAACGUAUUAAAAAAGUUAAAAAACCUGCUGGUUAUUGGGGAUCUGUUGGAAAUUGUGAUUUACCAUUUUGGACUAUAGAUGCAAUUUUUGAGGAUAUUUCUAAAAAUCAUGAAGACAUUGAAUAUAUCAUGUUAUCUGGAGAUUAUAUGUCUCAUAAUGAUUGGAAUUAUACAAAAGAAGAACAUUUAUUUAUUGUUGGUAAUCUAAGUAGUAUGAUACAAAAAUAUUUUCCAAAAACUCCUGUAUUUUGGGCAAUUGGAAAUCAUGAGGGUGUUCCAGUAAAUUCAUUUGCACCUCAUACAUUACCAGAAAAAUAUAGACCACAAUGGAUUUAUAAAGCAAUUAAAGAUGCAGCAGGUGAAUGGUUACCCCGUGAAGUGUAUGGAGAUUUUGAAUAUAGAGGUUCAUGGGCAGUAAUGGUACAAGAAAAUUUAAAAUUAAUUACAAUUAACACAGGUUAUUGUGAAACAACAAACUUUUGGUUGUAUUUAAAUCAAACUGAUCCUGAUGAAAGUUUAUCAUGGCUUGUUAAUCAAUUAUAUGAUUCUGAAAAGAAAGGUAUAUAUGUACAUAUUUUAGCACAUAUACCACCUGGUGAUGGGGAAUGUUUAGAAGGAUGGUCAAGAAACUAUUACAGAAUUGUAAAUAGAUUUUCAGAAACAAUAACUGGUCAAUUUUUUGGACAUAUUCAUGUUGAUGGUUUUACUGUAUUUUAUGAAAAUAUGAAUGAUAUAAAUAGUAAACCAACAAAUAUCAUGUAUUCUUCACCAAGUAUCACAACAUACUCAAAUUUAAAUCCUGCUUAUAGAAUUUAUGAAAUUGAAAAUUUUGGAAGUUAUAGAAUUAUAGAUCAUCACACAUAUUUUUAUGAUUUACUAACUCCUCAAUCUCCAUCAAUUAAACCACACUUUAAAUUAUUAUAUUCUGCAAAAUCAGAAUAUUCAUUACCAGAUAUGUCUCCUGAUUCUUGGAAUAAUUUAAUUUCACAAAUUGAAAAUAAUCCAGAUAUAUAUAAAAAGUUUAUUAAUAAUUAUUCUCGUAAUAGACAAUUUGUUUGUGAUGAAUCAUGUAAAAAGGAAGCAUUAUGUUCAUUACGUCGAGGACAUCAUAAUGAUAGUAAAUUAUGUAAAAACCAGUUAUCUACAUCAGAGUUAAUUGUAAAAGAAGGUUUAACAUCAAUAUCUAGUAUAAAGAAAGUAACAGAUAAUAUUGAACCAUCAUUCAUGGAAAGAGUAAUAAGUAGUGAAGUAUUUGAUAACAUUAAACAAAAAAUUUUUAACUUUUUUGGUUAA